GUGGUUAAUUAAUUAAUACUACAGUAUACUAUGGCACAUCAUCAUUUUUGGGUUAUUAUUAUUGGGCGCAUUUUGCAGAAUUCCGUGAAAGAAAAAUAAAAAAUGGAGAGGUCAAGUCUUGUAAUGAAACUCGGAGAUGGACCUGAUAGCUACUUCAGAAACUCCAAGUGGCAGGAAAGUGCUUUAGGCAAGGCGAAGAGCCUGCUGGCUGACGGUAUCCUAGGCUCACUUCAAGUGCCUAAAGAUGGGCAAGUCUUCGCCAUUGCAGAUUUCGGAUGUUCGGUUGGUCCUAAUACGUUCUCGUGCAUUGACAUCAUCAUAGACGCAGUGAAGCAUAAAUACCAGACCGAGGAGGUCGAUCCGGUCCCUGAAUUCCAGGCCUUCUUUAACGAUCAAGUCGACAACGAUUUCAACACACUGUUCAAGAGACUUCCCCAUGACAGGGGAUACAUGGCGGCGGGAGUUCCGGGAUCUUUUCACGGCCGUCUGUUUCCCAAGUCAUCCAUCCAUCUGAUGACCACCAAUAUGAGUGUCCAUUGGUUGAGCAAAGUCCCCGAGGCGGCGAGGGAGCCAGCGGGAGGUGCCCUGUUCAACAAAGCGAGGAUCACGUACGCCAGGAGCUCGGAACCAAUCACUCAAGCUUUCAGGGAUCAAUUCUACAGUGAUAUGAAAACUUUCCUCAAUGCCAGGUCACAGGAAUUAGCCCCUGGUGGACUCCUAGCGAUUCUGGUUCCUGGCAGACCCGAAGGGACUUCGCCUUCGGAAUCGAUUCAGAUACAACUCCUCGAGUGUUUAGGUGAUGCACUUGCUGAUAUGGUGAAAGAGGGUAUAAUAAGUGAAGAUUUGAUAGAUUCUUUCAAUAUUCCCUGUUUUAUGCCCAUGGCUUCGGAAAUGGAAGAGAUUGUAGCCUCGAGUGGGACUAAUUUCAGCAUCAAAACCCUGGCAGAGUUGCAUAUUCCCACAGAUGUUAGAAACUCCAAAGCGGAGCUCCAGGUUGUGACCUCCUACACCAGGGCAAUCACGGAUUGCGUCUUCUCCCAACACUUCAGUCCUCAGGUGGUUGAUGAAAUCUUUACAAGGUUUCCGGACAAGCUCCAAAAUCUAUUCAAGGACCCACGUUUUGCUCAGGUUGAUAGGUGGGAAUCCCUCUUCACACUGCUGGCGCGCGUUUAGUUAGUUUAUUAUUGUGCUCAAAUUAGACUGAGAGUUUUUGGUGUCCCUGGGAUUUGGGUUAAUGUUCUUCCGGAGGACCCCAAGUGUGUUUGUUUUCGAAUUUUCAAUAAGCAACUUAUAACUGUAAUACUGUUUCUGUUCUGAAAUUCUCCAAAGUUGUGUCUGCCGUGGCAGAGUCAGCAAGAAAUGUACUGUGUACUCUGUAGCAUAUUUUUCCCUUUUACACUCAGUUUAAUAAUCAAACAAGCGAUUUACAUCCAAACAAUUCAAUUUUUUACCCUUCCAAUAGCUGAGAGUAUA